ACCCGUGGUGCUCCAGCUUUCCGACUCCUGAAGAGACACGGGCGCCUGUCAUCCGUUAACCACCCGAGCAUCUCUGGCAUCCAAACGCAGUUUCUAACCAGAACAGUCAUUGGACUCAUCGUUUAAGUGGUAUACAAUGCCACAAGGCUUCUUUGCCGUCACAUCGACCGAUAUUGUAAAACUUUAAAUGCUCUUGUUAUGGCUAUCUGAACGGUUCUUGCGGCAGUUAUAAGUGCUAACUGAAGCGUAUAUGAAACAUUUUGGCUGACAUCUCUCGGAGUCAUCUCUCUUUAAAAAAUGAUCGGGGAUUGUGAGACUUCCAUGUCGGCGAUGCUGCUUUCCAUCUUAAUCGAUACCUGAGACCAGGGGUCAAGAGUUAAGAAUUUGCAUUUGGCGUGGAUCGUUUGCAGAUCAUUAAAACAGAUCAAACUUUUAUCACAUAUGACACGGAUUAUUAAAGAUGAGACGCUUAUUUUGACUAUCACAGUGGGAUAAAGUACAGCGCAUCAUCACCGCACCUUCAGGAUGUUCCGGCGAGGCUGUGGUCUGGAGUUUCUCCUGGUGCUGUGUGGUUUAGAGUUGACCCAGGCGUGUCCCCGUCACUGCAUCUGCUACGACUCUCCCAGCACGGUGAGCUGCCAGGCUCACAACUUCCUGGUGGUUCCAGAGGAAAUCCCGGCCCAGAGCGAGCGCGUCUUUCUGCAAAACAACAAGAUCCAGCGUCUGCUACAGGGCCAUUUCAGCCCCACCACAGUCAUGCUUUGGCUCUACUCCAACAAUAUCUCAUACAUCCAGCCCUCCACAUUCAUGGGCUUCACCCGCCUGGAGGAGCUCGAUCUGGGGGACAACAAACACCUCCGCUCUCUGGCUUCUGACACUUUUCAGGGCCUGACCCGACUCCAUGCUCUGCACCUCUACCACUGUGGCCUAAUCACUCUGCCUGCUGGCUUGUUUGAGGGGCUGCACAACCUGCAGUAUCUCUAUUUACAGAACAACCAGCUGGAGUUUCUUGAGGAUGACAUGUUCAUUGAUCUUCUGAAUCUGAGCCAUUUAUUUCUGCAUGGAAAUCGGCUGUGGAGCCUCCACCAGAACACUUUCCGUGGCCUGGGGGUCCUCGAUCGUUUACUGCUCCAUCAAAACCGACUCCAGUGGAUACACAAACAAGCUUUCCAUGACCUGCGCCGCCUGACGACUCUCUACCUGUUUAACAACUCCUUACCUGAACUUCCAGCUGAAAGCUUGGCUCAGCUGCCGGCACUGGAGUACCUGCGUCUCAACGACAACCCUUGGGAGUGUGACUGCAAGGCCGUGCCACUCUGGGAUUGGCUGCGGCGCUUCCGUGGCUCCACCUCCUCGUUAAUAUGCGUGGCUCCACCGGAGCUGGCGGGCAAGGAUCUGAAACGGUUGACAAAAGAAGAGCUGCCUUCCUGUACGGGCUCGGAGUCGCUCCACCAGAGCAAAUCCAGUCAGGGGGAUGUGGGGGUGUCGCUGAAGAAAGAUCAUCAUCAUCGAUCGCGCAAUCAUCAUCAUCAUCAUCCUCACCUGCCACAUCAAGAUCAAUACUACCCCACCUCCCCAUUGCCGCUCCCUCGACCACCCAAAUCGGGACGCAACAGGAACUGCACAAGGCAUCGAAGCCGCAAGGGAAAUGCUCAGAAUGAGGUGUAUACCCUAAAGGAGUUAGCCAACAAGGAAUCGGACCCGUCAAAACCGAGACGAAAGAACAAAUGCAUCCCACGGACUUCUGUGGGUCCCCCUAGUGGCGUGCAAAGAGUGAACAGCAGGGCAGCGCCCCUCUUGGCACCUUGUUUCAUCAUCACUCUUUGCUUAUUGGUGUGUCUCACUGCCCUUAUUUUCCGCUGAGCCUCGUGGAAGCCU